GCCGACGAUGGCACCACGGCGAGUGCCAAGGACGAAAUACUGAUCAUAGAUACCACCAGCAGGCACGUGUACCACGGCACCUACGCCAACGAGGCCAAGUGCAGAGUGGAUGUUGAUGUCAAGUACUACCCGGUGUUCCCGCGGCCAACCGUGAGCGCGGGCUUGUACUCGAAGAGCCUUGGCGGAUUCUACAAGGAAAUCACCAACUGGGCUCGCAUCGUCCACGCCAACGGCUCCGUGGGAUUUUCCUGCGAUUAUGGAUUCCAGAUCAACGAGAACACCCCAGAGGACGCCUUCUUCACUAGCUCCCUGGGCGUCACGAAGUCCGAUGGAACAUACAUAGGCCUGUCAAGCAUGACUUCUAGUUUCUACUUCAAGCGAGGCUGCGAGAACGUCAGCAUUUCGGAGAACCAGACCGUCAGCUACAACACCGACGUGUGGACAUGCUUUGGCGAGCCCUUCUCGCACUUCGGCGUGGAGGCGAGGGUGGAGUGCGCGGAGGGCUUCGUCAGCAGCGGGAACGUGACUUCCGUGACGCUGGUGUGCGACUCGGUCAACGCCACGACUCAUCGCUGGAUUCCCGGGGACGAGGGCCUUCUGCCGGAGGACCUUGUCUGCGAUUCCUACACUCCGGAACCGACGCCAGCCGACGGGGCAGCCAUGAGAGUCGCCAGCUGCUACGCCUUGCUGACGGCGACGCUGUUGCUCUGCUUCCACAGCCGCUGACUUGUGGCAGCCGUGGGCGGAGGUGAUCGAGUGUCAGUCAUUCCAUCGGCCAAGACGACGCGUUGAGCCUCAAGACGCGCCCGAAGAUUUUGAGGAUUCUUGUGAUGAUUAACUUGCGUUGGAUGUUAGGUUCAUUUCAGGGCCUUGAUUAAAGGUAUUUUAAGGUG